CCUUUUUUCCCUUCUUGCUCCCUUUUUUAUUUCUCUUUACUUUUUUUUUAUAUCUACUUUAUAGAAUGCUGUCUCGCUUUGUCAAAACGACUGUACAGAAAUCAUUGCCUAAAUCAUUCAUUCCCCGUCAUUUCUCUACGGCUUACAAUGCUGCUGUCGCUGGUCUAUCACCUCAACAAGAAGAACUUCGAUCUGCUGUUCAUGAUUGGGUCAAUGUAGAACUUGCACCUCGUGCGACAGAGAUUGACAAGGCCAACGAGUUUCCUAUGGAUAUGUGGCGUAAAUUCGGUGAUAUGGGUUUACUGGGUGUCACUGCACCUCAAGAAUAUGGCGGCUUAGGAUUAGGUUAUUUGGAGCAUACAAUGGUCAUGGAAGAAAUCUCGAGAGCAAGCGGUUCAGUCGCUUUGAGCUAUGGUGCUCAUUCUAACCUCUGUGUCAACCAGAUUGUCAGAAACGGUAAUGAGACACAAAAGGCUAAAUAUUUGCCCAAACUUAUCUCGGGUGAACAUGUUGGUGCCUUGGCUAUGUCCGAACCAGGUUCAGGUUCAGACGUAGUCAGUAUGAAGUUACGUGCUGAGAAGAAGGGAGAUCACUAUGUUUUGAAUGGUGAUAAGUUUUGGAUCACGAAUGGUCCUGAUGCUGAUGUCUUGGUUGUCUAUGCAAAGACAAAGCCAGAGGCUGGCCCAAAGGGUAUUACUGCCUUCUUGAUCGAAAAGGGAUUUGAAGGAUUCUCAACUGGUCCCAAAUUUGAUAAACUUGGUAUGCGUGGAUCAAACACUUGUCAAUUGUUUUUUGACAACUGCAAAGUACCAGUCGAAAAUGUUUUGGGAGAAGAGAAUAAGGGUGUUUAUGUGUUGAUGAGUGGUUUAGAUCUUGAACGUCUUGUUCUCUCUGGUGGACCAUUGGGUUUGAUGCAAGCUGCUCUUGAUACUGUUAUUCCUUAUGUUCAUGAGCGUAAGCAGUUUGGCCAGUCUAUUGGUGAAUUCCAACUCAUCCAAGGCAAGUUGGCUGACAUGUACACUAAAUUAAUGGCUUCAAGAGCUUAUGUAUACGCUGUUGGCCGAGCAUGUGAUCAAGGCAACAUCAGCAACAAGGACUGCGCAGGCGCCAUUUUAUAUACAGCUGAAAGAGCCACUGAGGUCGCAUUAGAUGCUAUUCAAUGUCUCGGAGGCAAUGGUUAUACCAAUGAAUACCCCACGGGUAGAAUCUUGCGAGAUGCUAAAUUAUAUGAAAUUGGUGCAGGAACAAGUGAAAUUAGAAGAAUGCUUAUUGGUAGAGAAUUUAACAAAUUGUUUAAAUAAAUAAAUCCACAUAAAAGUGGGGUCUUGUAUAGUCAACAUCCACACACAGAGUCCAGUGCUUAUUUUUUCAGUAAUGAAGCAUAGUUCAAAUAAUACGGAUGCAAGGAAAUGGUACUGAUUAGUUUUAUCCUUAAACAUCCUACAAAGAGCAUACGUUAUCUUAUCUUUACAAUUGAAGGAUGAUUUUAUACUGAUAAAGAAAGAAAGAUGAAAGCAUGAUCUAUUAUCCUAUCAAUAUUCUAUAGCGUAGUCACAGUAAUGAACUGAGUGACUUGAGCAAAGUAUCAGCAAUAGCAACAGACGCCAGCUUAUUUCUGACUAGG